UAUAGUAUCUAUCGUUGAAAAAUUGAAGAGAAAGUGAUUUGGAUGAUUGAUGUGUUACAAAUAGAUAAUAUAAGUGAUCAAACUUGCAAUUUACCCUAAAACUCUUUAAAGUUUAAAGCCUUCCCCAUUAGAGCGAUCAGCCGAAACGUGCAGACCUUAUUUUUUGGCCACUCGUCUCCAUCAAGACUCAAAAAAGUGUUCGCGUUUCCCCUUUUCCAAGCCGAUUCUCUUGGCACCACAAUGUCCGAUCACCUUCCCCAAGAUCUCGUCACCAAAAUUCUCGUCCGCCUGCCGGUGACCGCACUUCUGCGCUGCCGCUGUGUCUCCAAAGCCUGGCGGGGACUGAUCGACAGCCCAAGGUUCAGCAAGCUCCAAAUCGAACACUCCGCCACCACCGGCAAAAACGCCAUCCUCUUCAUCAGCGAACUCCACGGCGACUACGUCGUCGAUGAGUACGUCAACGGCCUCCAUCGCGGAACGAGUAGCACCCCUCGUGCGCAGACUAGCGGCACCGAUCCACGCUCGGGCUUUGCCCUAAUAGGCUCCUGCAACGGGUUGCUCUGCUUCGCCUGCGACUCGGAAAAGGUACUCAUAUCGAACCCCGCCACUAAACAUGGUUGCUUUAUGCCGUUUACGCUCUCCGGGAAACAACCGGGUACGGGAGUUUACAAAUUCACCGCCAGCGGGAAUAACUUGAUUUACAACUCCGGGUUCGGAUUCGGGUACGAUUCCAUCUCUGACGACUACAAGGUAGUCGAGAUUCUCCAGGUGUUCAAGCCUGAAGAAAAUUCUCUGCAAUCUGUGUUGGUUAGUUAUGGGGUUUGGUCGAAUUCCUGUGUAGAGGUGAAUUUCCCUUAUAUCCUACUUGGGUUGAGGAAAACAGGUGCGUUUGUGGGUGGGGCAGUUCAUUGGAUAGCUGGUAGGCACGAAGAUCCGGACAGUGAUGAUACGCUCAGUGAGCUCGUGAUUAUCGGCUUUGAUGUAGAGCUCAAUGAAUCAAGGGAAGUGCCACAGCCAGAUUACACAGUUUGGGAGCCGUUCAACAUGGUAAUUGGCGAGCUGGGGAAGUGUUUGUGUCUCUUUGCCAAUUACAAGGAUAAGUUUGUGGAUGUCUGGGUGAUGAAAGAGUAUGGUGUUAAGGAGUCAUGGAGCUUAUUGUUCAAAGUUCCACAUCCCGGAUUGUGCUACAAUGAUGAGAUCAAACCGCUUGGAUUCUCAGUGACUGGUCAGGAGGUUCUUCUGCAGAUGGAUGGCAAGAAGCUUGUUUGGUAUGACCUGAAGGAUCCUAAGAAAGUUGCUGCUGCUGAGAAGAUCACCGUACGUGGGUUGAAUGGGAAGUCCGUGAAUGCAGUUGUAUGCUAUGGAAGCCUCGUUUCACCCUAUGGGAAGGUUCCACCAGUGGUAGAGGAAGUGAAAGUUGACAAGCAACAAGAGAAACCAGGAUCCCGAAGGAAGAAGAAGAAGAAGAACCAAAGGAAAGAGAGGGAUGAUUUCUUGUCUGCUGGGUUUAAGCUGAAUCUGUAGUCAGUCAAACAAGGUUAAGUACUGGGUUAGUGGUUCAUAUAUAUUACUAUAUUAGGGUAGAAGCAGAAGAAGAAGUUAGUGGAGCAGUGAUGGUGUUGGUUGGUGGGGUGAAGUGGAGAGCGUUCUGUUUGAUUUCACUCUCCAUUUAGAGGGGUUUUGAGCCAUUUUGGUGCAUAUAUUCCUGUGUAGGAACUAGGAAGGUGGGGAAGGGCUGCCUAUUUUGGGAUCGGUGGAAGCUCCAACUAGUAUUAGACAAAUUGCACUUAGUACUGCAAGACGUUAUUAAUUAAUAAUUACUGAAUGUCGUAACUCGUAUAUUUUAACUUCCAGUGUGAAUGAUGUGUUUCAGUCUUUCAUUGUGGAAUACAUGUUUCGACCAAGUUGUGUGGAUGAAAAUGAUGUUAGGUUCGACCCAUUUGGAGUGGGAUGGGUUUAGUCAUGUUCAUUUAUGAAUCGGGCUGGCUGUUCCCUUUGACCCAAAUCCCACCAAUGAUUAGAGGAUAUUAUUGACUUGUGAUUUUAGUUGUGUUUUGUGGCCGGGUAUUGUCCUCCCCUCUAUAGUAGUUAGGGCUGCAAAUGAGUCAAGUUGCUCGCGAGCAACUCACAGUCGAAUCGGAAAAAAUUCGUUCGAUACUCGACUCAUCAUUUUACAAACCGGCUCACGAGCUUACUUGUUAAUAAACGAGCCAAGCUUGAGCUAGAUCAUGCUCAGCUUGAUAAGCCCGUGAGUUAGCUUGACUUGGUGGUUUGCUGAGCUAAGCUCGCGAGUUGCCUUGUUUAGAGCUUUAAGAAUGAUUAAUUACUCUUCUGAAAAUGAAAAUUAUAUUGUUAAUACAGAUGUUUAUGGGAGUGAGAUAUUAUUUUUAGUUUCUAGUGUUCUUUUUAUUAUUUAAAUUCUUAUGUUUACACAUUUUCCAGCAAAAAUGGUUUCAAAUCGAGCUCAUCUUGAGUCGAGCUUGUACUCAACUUGAUAAGCUACGUUAAUGAGCAUUUAUUGAGUUUUACCGAGUCUUAUUUUUAUUCAAGCCGAGCUCGAAUUGGAUUAUCAAAAUUCGAGUUCGAGUCGGGCUCGAGCUGAAAAUUUUAUAAACAAGUCAUGUUCAAACUAAGCAAAAACUCAACUCAACUCAACUCGGCUCAUUUGCAGCCCUAUAGUAGCUAAGCUCAUGUGUAACUAUGAAGUGUAGUAGUUCGCUUGGGAAUUGUAAAUGAAAGAGACUCCAACUGGAAAUACAAUAAUUACAAUUUACAACUGUAAUUAUACCACUACGAUGCAUGGCUAGCAUGGUGCUAAGCCACCUUUAUAGUUAGGAAGCUAACUCAUCAUUUGUUUAAUCUUUUGUGAAAUUGUACUUUGCCAACCGUCUCGGACCAGAAAAACUUUCUAAUGAAACCUAAAUCGAUAGACGAGUAUUACUUGUAUUAAAUAGUUGAAUCAUGAUUAAAUCACAAUUUCUGUAAAAUAUAUAUAUAUAUAUAUAUGGUGGUUUCUAUGGUACCCCGGGUGAAAUCCGGGGUACCGCAUACCUCGAGUAUGGAAACUCUAUCUAGACCUAGAAUUACCAGGAUUUUUGUGUCUGAUAUUAUACCCUAACCCUUAAUGAGUGAACCCUAGGUCAUAAUUAUCUAAAUCAUAAUAUAUAAACCCUAAGAUGGUGCAUUCCUUUUUGUGCUUAUAUUUGGAUGAAUCAUAACCGUCGAUUAUUAUUUCUAAUUAAAUUGAUCUUGGAGU